UCUCCAAAUCAAAAAUGUCAUUCCAGAACGUCCUCAGAACCCUCAAUACUGUCAAAAGAACACCCGCCAGACCCUAUCAAGAAUUCAUAGAAUUAAUUUCUAAAACCCCAAACACUGUAACUUCAAAACCCCUCAAUACCACAACCAUAUCCCUCCUCUCCAAGCUCAAACCCAACUCUCUCAACCUCAUUCUCUCAGACCCCAAAUUCAAAUGCUCCAAAAGCUUGCUUUUCUUCAACUUCCUCCUAAAAAACCAGUCCUUUAUCUCAUUCAAGAUUGACCUCCAUGCCCACUUAACCCUCAUUUGCAGGCUUCUCAGGGCAAGAAAGUUCACUGAAGCUGAGGAAAUUUUCAAAUGUAUCUCAGUUGAUGAAAAUUCCAGGUACCCUUUUUCUGUUAUUGCUUCUGCUGCUGAAAUUUGCUGUCUUGAACCUAGAGUCAAAGCGAAAUUGUUCAAUUUGAUGAUUAAAGUUUAUUCGGAUAGUGAAAGUUUCAACCAAGUUUUGGAGACUCUUGAUUUUAUGAAGAGUAAUGGGAUUCAGAUUGAUGAGAGGACUUGUACUGUGCAUUUGCUUGCUCUCAACAGGAGAGAUGAGGUGCAAAAGUGUUUAGAUUUCUUUUAUCGAUUGCUCGAAUCGGGCACUAAGGUCUCAGUAUAUUCUUUGACAGUUGUGGUAGAUGGGCUGUGUGGGAGUGGGGAGAUUAGGAGGAGUAGAGAGUUAGUGGAGGAAAUGGUGAGAAUAGGACCUAAACCCAAUAUCAUUACAUUCAACACAAUUGUGGAUGCUUGUGCUAAGAGAUGGAACUUUCCAGAGUUGGAUCUGAUAUUGCUUGUGAUGGAAAAGGAAGGAGUGGCAUUCGAUAUCAAGACGUAUCAGUUCUUGAUUGAUGGGUUCACGAGUUCUGGAAAGGUUGAAGAAGCUGAAAGGUUGGUUGGGGAGAUGCAUGAUAAAGGAUUGAAAGUGAACACUCAUUCAUACAAUUUGAUAAUAAAUGGCUAUUGUAGAUUGGGGUCUAUGGAAAGUGCUCAUUCUUUAUUUCGUAAGAUGGCUGAGAGAAGUACAUUCCAGAAUGCUGAUACGUACUGGGCUCUAAUAAAUGGUUUUUGCAAGGUUGGGGCGAUGGGGCUGGCAAUGGAAUAUUUAAAUGAGAUGCAGAAGAAGGGGAUUGAAUUGGACAAUGUUAUCUUGAAUAUAUUGAUUGAUGGUCUUUGCAACAAAGGGAUGGCUGAUGAAGCUUUUCAGUUGCAGGCAUUGAUGGUGAAAAAAGCUUUUAAUGCUGAUUUGUCUGGGUGUAAAGAGACAGUAAAUGGAUUAUCUAAAUUGAAUCAGGCUGAGGAAGCAAAUGAGGAUGCCGGCCCUAAUUAAUUAGACAGGUGCAACAACUUAAAAUAGGGAGCUUCUCUACUUUGCCAAUAUAUGAAGAAAAUUGGGGAAAGCUAUCAUUCAAGGAAGAGAUGAGAUGACAGGGGGCUAGGGGGUGGAAAAUGGGAGAAUGAAGCUCAGAAGCUCAGUGAGGGCUCCAAAGAAGAAGAGUUCUUAAGAGUAACUUCUUCUGUGUGAUCAUAGUUAGCAGCUGCAAUUUCGAUUCGGCAAUAUAUGGGAGAACAAGUUAAUUUACCCAUAAAAUGGCCCACUGUAAAAUUAAAGCUGCAAUGAAUAUGUCCCCUGUCCUUGGCUGUUUUAUUGGGUUACAAAGUCUGGAUGGCUGGAAAGAAAGUGAUUCGAACUCAAAUUGAAUGAUGAGCAGUGAACUGUGGUCUGCCAUUUAGUUCAUGGUAUAGUUCAUGGGGGUUUACAAAUUUUCUUGGGGAAAUUUACGAUUUUUUCUGUUGAAGGAUUGUACACCUUUAGGAUUUGAUCUGAACACUAUACUAUCACCAAUGAAAGGAUUUCUUCUAAAGUUAUACAUUCUUUGGAAGUGUUGUAAUAUUAAAUCAGAAAGAUGAACUUGAAUUUUUGUAUUCAAUUAAACCGAUCAACUUU